GGAGUGGUUUUUCACUUUUCUUUUUGCUAUCAUAUCAUCGCAUGUGGGCUGUCGCUUGGAUACCGCUUGUGGUGGUGGUGGCGCAAAAGUAACCAACUCACCUUUGCUCCCUCAGAAUCUCGGCCACCGUCUGCCGUCAUCCCUCCACCGCCACCUGCUUCAACGAAGAUAGCAGCAGCAUAAAAUCUUCUGAAGAUGAGCUCAAUUUCUCCUUUGGAUCUCUUACCACUCUCUUCUCCCUUGCGCACCAGCAUCGCCAUCAACAACUCCCCCGCCUUCCAUCGCCAGCUGCCGUCCCUAUUGUUACCUCAGGCCGGCCCUAAACCCUCCAGAACCUACCUCAGUUCAGUCCAUCAGUUAGGCUCCUCCCACAAGCCCUUCACUGUUGCAGCCGGCAGCACCUUGACCGCCAAUUCCGUACCGGCAAGAAAUGGUAUAUAUACUGUUGGUGAUUUCAUGACUAGAAAAGAGGAGCUACAGGUGGUAAAGCCAACAACAACUGUUGACGAAGCCUUGGAAGCUCUUGUGAAAUACAGGAUAACUGGUUUUCCCGUCAUUGAUAAUGACUGGAAACUGGUUGGCCUUGUUUCAGAUUAUGAUUUGUUAGCUUUGGAUUCUAUAUCAGGUACUGCAAAAAGUGAUGCAGACAUAUUUCCAGAAGUUGACAGCACAUGGAAAACAUUUAAUGAGAUACAGAAGUUACUUAGCAAAACCAAUGGUCAAGUAGUAGGUGAUCUAAUGACACCAGCUCCGCUGGUGGUUCGUGAAACUACCAAUCUGGAGGAUGCUGCAAGGUUGUUACUCGAGACAAAAUACCGACGACUUCCGGUUGUGGAUGCUGAUGGUAGGCUGGUUGGAAUUAUCACAAGAGGUAAUGUUGUAAGGGCUGCCCUUCAAAUAAAACGAGAAAUGGAGAACAAGGCGUGACCUUGGAUGGUAUUCACUUGGGGAAGUACCAUGAAGCUUAGGCGGGAAUGUCGUCGCGUAUCUCCAAGAGCCUCACUGAUUCCAACUGCCUGCAAUAUUAUAGUACAUUUCAAUGAAAUUUGUCAAAGUUUUUGCUGUCGGAUUAGAAGAGAAAAUAUGGAAACGUUACACAGAAAUUCCAGGAUGAGGAUGAUUGAGUGUUGGACUAAGAAAGAAUUGGGCCUUAGAUGGGUUAUAGGAAUUCUUCGCAGUCUCAGCUGAGAUUGUCGGCUGGGUGAUUAUAAGAGCAUUGAGUAUAUAAAAUGUCUUAGAAUUGAACUCUCCCCUUCUGUAUUGGGGUGGGAGGGUUUAUGCAGAGGGAUACAUGUUUACUAUUUUCAUUUUGUGUCGUGGAAAUAUAACGCUGAACAUCUACCCGAUGGAUCUUUAAAACUCGGAUUAUCUUACUUGCUCUUGUACGACUGAACCUCAUGAAUAUCAAGGAUGGAGCUUCACGGAUUA